CCACUGCCAAGUAAUUCCAAGCGCGGCGCCUCCUGCUCACCGCCACACCACGACCGCGCGCAUACUGCCUUCGGCCGCCACCACCGCUCGCCGAUAGCUCUACCGUCUCCCCGCAACCCCCACAUCCACAGCAACCAUGGCGGACGUCGACAUGGCAGAUGCGCCUGCGCCCAAGACGAAGGUCGCCAAGGCCGGUGCCAGCACAGAUAGCGGCGACAAGAAGCGCUUCGAGGUCAAGAAGUGGAACGCUGUAGCCCUCUGGGCUUGGGACAUCGUCGUCGAUAACUGCGCCAUCUGCCGUAACCACAUCAUGGACCUCUGCAUCGAGUGCCAGGCCAACCAGGCUUCUGCCACGAGCGAAGAGUGCACCGUCGCCUGGGGCAUCUGCAACCACGCCUUCCACUUCCACUGCAUCUCGCGAUGGCUCAAGACGCGACAAGUGUGCCCGCUCGACAACCGAGACUGGGAGUUUCAGAAGUACGGUCGAUAGAGGCUCGGGGAUACUGUGUAUAGCAGCGCUUGGGUCUGGGUUUCGUUACGGACGUCUGGCGUCACUGGGCUUAUAAAGAGGUCACGAGAACACGAGAGCACUUUUGCAUCACCGGCGGGGGAAUCAUCGAAUGAACCAUCAAAUUACGGUCAUGACGUUGCUUUGAUCCAUGGCCGGACCCCUCCACUCGUGAUGUUGUUGCGUCUAUCCAACCUUCUGCCCGUCCACGUCGAUGCUGUAGCUCGGUGCGGAGAUGGUGUGCGGGGGCAGCCAGUCCUCGGGGUUCUUGUUGUAGAAGGGCCACGGUGGGACGACGACGAGGAAGGUGAGGGCGGUGCCGGCGAGGCCAAUGUAGAGCGCGAGCUUGAUGUCUUGCUGCGCGAAGCCGACGAGGAAAGCGAUAAUCUGGACUGGUGAGUACUGUGAUAUAGGUGGGGAGAGG